CCCAUAAUAAUCGCUGGUCUGCGCUGAAAUGUUUUUUUUAGCAGCAAAACUCUCCCUCGUGCGAACAGGAAGUGUACGGUUGCCAUGGAAACGCCGUGGCCAUCUAACAGGUGAUUUCUAUUAAAAUGAAGCAGCGGAACUAAAAACAGAGCUUCAGUCUGAUCAGGUUAUUGAUCAGGGAGAAAUGUUUAAAAUGUCCGGUUGUGCCGUUAACCAUCGGUGGGGGUGGGGGGGUGAAUCCGUAAGCCGCUGAGACUGAGGAGGAAGAGGAGGAGGAAGACGCGCAGGAGGAGGAGGAGCGCUCCGUCAGUCCGUCGGUAAACAGCAGCGGUCGGUGACGGACUCAGACGGUCGGUGAGUCGAUAAAGAGGCUUCUUUAUGCCGGGGUCAUGUAACUUAUCAAGGAGGAUGGAGAUUCAGCAUUAAGCCAGCAUCCUGUGGGCAGGAGGUCUGAGGAGAGGCAAGGGAUCAUGGGCGAUGGAGGACCCCUGCAGACUGAGGGGAAUGCCCUCCUCAAAGCUGUCUUCCAGGGGAAGUUGAGGCUGACCCGCCUGCUGCUCGAGGGUGGCGCUUACAUCAAUGAGGGCAAUGAGCGUGGCGAGACGCCCAUCUCUGCUGCCUGCUUAGCAAGCUACGAUGACCCACAGACCCGGCAGAGGAUGGUGAGGUAUCUGUUGGAGAAAGGAGCUGACCCGAACAUCCCCGAUAAGAGUGGCCGGACAGCACUGAUGCAUGCCUGUGCAGAGCAGGCAGGAAAGGAGGUGGUGUCACUGCUGCUGGAGAACGGAGCCGAUCCCAGCCUCAAAGACUACUCUGGUUCCUCUGCUCUUGUCCACGCCAUCAACAAAGGGGACCGUGACACCCUGCAGGUUCUGCUGGACUCCUGCAAGGCCAAGGGCAAGGAGGUGAUCAUCAUCACCACCGACACAUCUCCGUCAGGCACCAAGAAGACCAAACAGUACCUCAACUCCCCACCAUCCCCAGGCAUUGUGGACAAACUGUCUCCUGCCUGUAUGUCACCCUCUGAGGUGGAGAUUGGCACCUCCUCCCCUGCAGGAGACAAAGAUGAGGAAGGGAUCUUCAGCUUCAAACUCACCUCAGCAUUACCUUUACCUUCAGCUCGACCUCCAGGUGAGAAGAGGCCACCUCCCCGUAAACUGCUUAAGCGUCUGAACUCAGAACCGUGGGGUCUGGUGGCACCUUCGGUUCUCAGUGGGGUUCCCCAGGACCGGGUGGAUGGAGGUCUGGAGGAGGAGGAGGGCAACAGCAACCUGAACAAGACGAUCACAGAGAUGAACGGACUGACUGUCACAGAGCCGGUGAGGCCACUAUUGUCACGGCGUCACAGCAUUGAGACGCACGACCCCACAUCCCCUAAACUCAUUGACCGAUCCUGCUCUGAGGACUGCGCAGGGCUGUCUGGUCCAUCGUGGGCUGACAAAGUGCAGCAGCACCAGAUCCUCUACCGCAGGAACACAGCUCCAGAAUCCCAGGAGAACGCUGCUGGACCUGGGACAGUUGUGGCCCGAGCCCUAGCUCACCCCAAGCUCACACGGAUGGAGCACUAUGAGUCAGAUACCCACCUUUGUCCAGAGUCCAUUCCUGGAUCACCGGACUCUGGGAGGGUUUCGGUAGAACGGAGGAGGUACAACGCUUCCCCCUUGUCCCUGGUCACCAGUUCUUCCAGGGAGUCUCUGGAAAACAUCCCCAACUCAGUUUCCCCCAUCACUAUGCGACGGCGUGGCCCAGGGCUCCUGGAGCGCCGGGGCUCUGGGACCCUGCUGCUGGACCACAUCUCCCACACCAGGCCCGGCUUCUUGCCUCCGCUUAACAUCAACCCGCAGAGACCCAUCCCUGACAUCCGGGCCAAUGGGAAACCCACCUCCCCCAUCAACUCCGGACACAAGAUCCUGGUUCCAGUAGCCCCAGCCUCACCCAAACGGGGCCCAGACUUCAAGAUGAAGAAGAAGCUGAUGAGGAGACACUCAAUGCAGACAGAGCAGAUGAAGCAGCUUUCGACCUUCCAGGAGAUUCUGGCGGAAAAAGUCAUUGAGUCCAACGGGGAUUGAUGAAUGAAGACAAGGGAGCAAAGCAAAGGGUAGCUGCAGAGACUUAUCAGGGGUUGAUUUACUGUGAAGCAUCUCCAUUAGAUCAUCACAGAUGAACUCAAAUUAAUACCAUGGUGUGGUCUUUAAGGAGAGCUGCACCAACAAGGACUCAAUUCACCUGAGAAGAGUUUAGGUUUAAUACAGGUUUUGUCUGUUCCUGGUGUGAAACUGUGAGGUCAGUAUGAGUUUAAUCCAACCAACAUUAAAGAUCAUUGCAACGUGCAGUUAGACUCUAUCACCUUACCGAUUACCUUUCAUAUAUAACAUCACAUCUUCACGAAUCAGAUUAUUCUGAGAAUAUGAUGACGUGUGCAUGUCUGUGCAGGUUCAUGCAGGUGAUAGCAGUAUUAAGUUGAUUAGACUUCUUUUUUUUAGGUUAUUGAAAAAGCGUUUCUGAUGAGACUCAAGUAUAUAGAGAGUUCCUAGACGUGUACGUCCACACGCAGAGACGUGUUCAUAGACGUGUACGUCCACACGCAGAGACGUGUUCAUAGACGUGUACGUCCACACGCAGACGUGUUCAUAGACGUGUACGUCCACACGCAGACGUGUACGUCCACACGCAGAGACGUGUACGUCCACACGCAGACGUGUACGUCCACACGCAGAGACGUGUUCAUGGACGUGUACGUCCACACGCAGACGUGUACGUCCACACGCAGACGUGUACGUCCACACGCAGAGACGUGUUCAUGGACGUGUACGUCCACACACAGAGACGUGUUCAUGGACGUGUACGUCCACACGCAGAUCAUGUGCAGGGACUCUGACUUUGGGCUCUGAAAAUAACAAGUAGAAAAUAUCAAAUUGUACUGCUUUCAAAAUUCGAAUAAAAUAAAUAUUAAAUCCAAGAAACUAAAUAACGAUCAACAUGUAAGACCUUAUUUUCUUACGAAGCUGUUUACAAACCUGUAUUAAAUUAAGUAAUGGUGCUUUAUGUGGCUGUUCAGUGACAUUGCGUGACGCUUGUCAGCAGUGUCUUCACAGGUAGUCCUAAUUUGUUUUAACAUAUUAGUACGAAAGCUGCAUUUUAAAUCAAACUACGUAUUCUUGAUCACAAAUACUGUUCUGGCAUCUUUAAGAAACCAAAUUGCUUGAAAAUCACUUUAAAUACAGUGAGUUAUGAGGAUAUACUUACCUUGUUUGUGCAGAGGCCCGGCUCCCCCUGAUCAGCAUGGCCACUGUGCUGACAUACAAGGGGGAGUUCUUAAAACAUCUAAAAUUUAAAUUAAACUCAGAAGGAAGAUUAUUUACACCAUCUGCAUGCCUUCAGUUCCUAAUAAACCAUAUGACAUAUGUAACUGACACAGCGAUCACCUGCUUUUCAUACGGUGCAUGUGCAUUACAACUUGUAGGUUACAGUGGGUCCUCAAAAGCAUAAAAUGUUAAUGUUGAGUAUUUUUGAACUAGAAAACGUUGAUAUUUAUUCUUUAUGAGUCAAACAUCAUGCAGAAGUACUUGAAAUUUUCCAUGCAAAGUUAAUGCUGGCAUCACCGCAGUCAGCCACGCAUUUGACUAAAGUCCUGGAGCAGUCGGUGGGUUGGUUCUGGCCUAGUGGGCCAUAAUUUGAUAUACAGUGUUUAAUGUCUUCCAGUGACAGUCACGAUUACUUCUUUCUAGUGUGGCAAACAGAUGAACAGCUUCCUGUUGCAUCAUUUCGCCACAGACAAACUGCAGUACCCCUGGAUGACCAGUAGGAGAUCCACAAUAUUGGUGUAAAAUUCUUACAUCCAAGGAAAGCUCGAUGAAGAACUCCAACCCAAGAUCAGUUUAAUGAAUAAAAGAAAGGAUAACUGAAAUUACCCAAUACUAGAGCUCUUUAACAUAUUUCCUCAUACACGUGGUAAUUCGUUUCACCGUUGUAGCUCCCUCAGAGAUUUCCAGCAGGUUGAAGUUGAAACUUGUGGGUGAAGCUCUCCUUACCUUCAUUUAAUUGUCUGAAUGUUUAGCCACAGAAAGCUCCUCAGAUUCCUCCGAAUUUCUCAUCCUCUCCUCCACUCAGACCUGAACUGGCCUAAAGAGAAAUAAUCAGACUCCUUUGAUGUUUACAGAUGCACAAUUUGCACUGAGGUCAUUUCCAUUUUCCUCCUGCUACCAGAUGAAGACACAAACGUCCUGCUGCAAACUAACUUGUUUUCAUUCAUAAAGCUGACAUAUUUAUUUAUACGCUCCUGUUUGAUUGAUAACGUGUAAAACUACCUACUGCGCUGUAUGUACUGUAAUGAUCUAUAGUCAAUAUAAUAGUUGGUAUAUCCGUGGAAACCCAUCUUUAUUUUACCCGUUUCCUGUGUCUGUACUUUCAGAGAUGAUAUUUUGAUUGAACUUGUGUUGAGAAACAUUGGUUUAUUGCUUAUGAUACUCCAAAGAAACCAGUUCACACUGUAAGUACUGAAAAACAAAUCUGUACUGUUAUACACUACACCUGUUUCAGCACGAGGGGACCCUGUUAAAGGAGCAGCUUGGGCAGAAAAAGUCAGUUCACUCAUUUUAUUCUGAGAUGUUAGCAGGUUUUAAAUCAGAAGCACCUUUAUUAAUAAACAGGUGGAAAAAUCGUUGGAAACUGGGGCGUGUCCUCAUCUCACAGCUGAACCUAUGACCCCCUCAGUUCACUUUUAUUUAUAUAUAAUCCUGUGAAAAAACCAAGCCCACUGUUACUAGUUCUAUAGGCAUCAACAUGGUGUUACCCGAGGGAGGCACCCAUUGCAGUAGGAAUGAGCCGUAGGUAUGCAGUCAGUCCACAAGGCUACUCCUAAUACAAAAACAACUGUUCUAAACAGGUAACAGGAGCACACAAGACAAUUGUAGGUGGGAGACAGACAAGCACUGAGGGGAAUAUAUUAAAAACGAACACAUUAAAUGGCAAUCCACACUUGACGAUGUGUCAUAGAAACUCUUCAAUGCCCGUCACCGCGGUAAGAUAAUAUAACCUUUAUUAGUCCCACGCGUGGACAGUCCAAAGUUACAUAGAAAAAUUAGAAAAAAAUAAAGACUGGAAUAAGAUAUCAAUAAGAUACUGUACACAACUGUACACAAUAGAAUAGAAUAAAAUACUAUAUACACAAUUGAAUAAAAUAGCAUUUGUAUUCUAUUUUAUUCUAUAUACAUGCAAAAGCGGUGAGAAAAAGGAUCAGCUUCCACGUGGCGCCUUCGCUGUCUGCGGUACUAAAACACAAUCCGUACAUUAAUGGGUGCUGAUACGAUGAGAUAAUUAACAAAUAGACCAAAUAAACAGCCACAACCAUCAGAACAGUUCUCAGCUCUUCACUGUCAAAUUAAAUCAGCCUCAGAACACAUGGCAGCAGACACAGACAUCCAAGGACGUCGGCCCAGCAGCCAUUGGCUAUCUGUAAAUUAAAACGGGACAUUACUUACACUGAGCAGGUUACCUCAGAAGGAAUAUCCCUCCCACUUUGCCUCAUGCCUGUUUUUCAGUUAACUGCCCCCGGCAAGUUUCCACACAGUUUCUUGCUACUGGGGUACAAAUAACUUUAAACCUCUGCCAAAACUCAAGCAGAACGUUAUCUGGGGACUACCUCACUAACAGAAGGCCACACCAAGCUGUUGUAGAAAAGCUAAAAAGGCCAAAUAGCGCUGCUUAGAACUCCAGGUUCACACAAGAGAUCAACAAAUUACCUGCACCUAUGCUUAUAAAAGGGAAAAACCCAGCUUUGCCUGCCAGGGCAGUUUCCAGACUCAGGUCUCGCCUGUCGCAAGGGUAAAAAGCAGCCACCUAUAUAAAAGUAGAAAUGUUGUCAGCAUUCAAGAAUGUGUUAUCAGUGCUCAGGAUGAAAGACAUCAGCAAUAUUCUUGGUGCUGUCCAUCAAUCUGGGAGGAGCGAUGAGAUCAUUUCCACACAAUGUGAAAGUCCGUCAUUCUACAGUGAGAAGGAUUGUUCAUAGGCGGAUGUUGGUGUGGCUGCAGUCAAUUUGUGCAAAUAUCAAAGCGCUCCAUCUCACACUCUACAGGCCUCAGUUAGCAUCUUAAACACUGAAGUUAAUGACAGCACAAAUAGAAAUAGACCAAAGAAGUAUGGCUGCUUUAAAAGAGAAGAGGAGAAAACAUGACUUAGGUUUGUAAAGCCGCAGCAGACUUCAGCAACAGACGAGAGUAAAGUGCACAGCAGCAAACGGCUCGCUAUGAGCGCCGUGGAGGAGGGAUGACGAUCCGAGUGGACCGUGAACUCCCCGUACAUCAGAGUAUUCCAGAGUCAGAGUGAGGCCGUGUGUCCCGCAGCUGAAGCUCGGACCAAUCGGCAGGAUGCUGAAGCGAGCGCAGACGGAGCUGCUGCAGCGGUCCAGAGUGCAGAGCUCAGAGAGCUGUGCGUAAACGAAUGGAGCAAACUUCAGCAACGCUGUGAAGAAGAGUGGAGACAAACUCCUCAGUUAAGUAUCUGAGGCUGUGACCACGGGACUGUAACAACAUGAUUGUUGGGCUUCAUUUCUGUAUCUAACGGUAGUUUUAAGAUGAACUAGUAAAUAACAAUUAGCUAAUGU